AAGAAUGUGUUUAUGUUUUGGUUCAUUGACUUCUCUCACGUGUUUCCUGGUUUGACUUUGUAAGAUAAUUAAAUUUCUUUUCAGUUGACAGUGAAUCGCUGUGUGAGAAUGUCUUCUCUCUACUUUAAAUUUUAUUUUUAUAAGUGUGGAGUGAUUUUUUAUUAUAUUUUGACAGAAUUUUAAUCUUUGACGUGUUAGCAUGUGUUCGAUGUUCUAACGAAAUUUAGCCUGAUGAGGUUGGCAAACCCUAGCCAACGAAACGUCGCUCUUUUAACGACACACUUUUGAAUUUUUUAUUCAAAUCUUACCUUCCCAAGAUCAUAUACAUUAUCAACAUUAUCAAACUAUGGAAGGAUAUAUUUCUAAUAACUUACUAAGUACGAGUCUUGGAUCGGAGAUAGACUCAAAUUCACUGGCAACAUCUUUUUUCACACACAUUGGUAUAAAAUAUGGUUCACAUCUCAAAGGUCUUCUUAAAAAAUGGACAUCAUUGAAUAGACAUCUGGCUAUGGCACUCUCAAAAAAGGUUUUUCUUCUCAGCUGCAGAAACAAUGAUGUUGUUCCGCAACAUAUUGCCAACUUCCAAAAGCGCUUAAACAUUGUUUCUUUUCAUAAAUCGCACACUGCCAAUGGAGGAAGAAAAAAGGUCGACAGCGGAGAUCUGUGGUCGCUAGAAAAGCUGCUAGCUGCAGCUGCAGCUGCGGCGACUGCACAUGCAGCGGUCCCUGCAACUGCGGCCAGCAAUUGCAGCGCCAGCACAAAAUCAACACAAUCCUAAAAGAAAUCGGCGAUGCAGAACGUGGCCGGCGAUUAUUAUCAACGUGCGCCGAGAUGCUGUCCGCCAAAUCGGUCAAUUUCAUCAUCAUCAGGAACGGACAGAAUCAAACUUUCAAAUACAGGAGGUGGUGGUGCUGGUGGUGGAACUCGUGGUGGCGCGGAAUUGCUUUGCUGUUGUUGCAGCUGCAGCAACUCAACGUCAACAAAAACACCAGGUUUUCUUGCGAGUCUUGGCGUUUGCAUUCUCGUACUUGGUUACACGUUACUCGGAGCUUUCGCCUUCAUGGCCCUCGAGGGCGGACUCAAGUCGGAUCCACCAACUGAGAUAGUGUCAUCCUCAAACCAGAAAACCGACGCCUCAGGAAGUGGCGGAUUAUCUUCGCUGUCGUCGUCUUCGUCUUCUUCAACUUCGUCCGCGUCCUCUUCUUCCUCAUCCCAAUCAUCCUCCUUGUCAUCAUCAUCAUCAUUAUCGUCGUCAUCUUCAGCAGCAGCAGCAGCAGCCGCAGCAUCUUCAUCGUCGUCUUCACCAUCUUCGCUAGUUCCAAUUAUUGAAGAGGAUAACACGGCGGUACAACUGAGAGCACAAACGGUCGAGAGGCUUUGGAGUUUGACCGAAGAUUUAAACGUCCUCUACAAGGAGAAUUGGACUCGAUUGGCCGCGCACGAAGUCCUCAAGUUUCAGGAGAGUUUGGCACGUGAUUUGAGAAGUCCUCUUUCCCAUUCUGUAUACGAAUCCGUCAUACCAACACGGCGUCGUGAUCUUAACGAGAAACGAUCUCACUUACGGAGAUGGACCUUUAGUAGCAGCCUCCUUUACUCUCUCACGCUUAUCACAACAAUCGGUUACGGGAGUGUCGCACCGCGUACAGUUUGGGGCAGAUUAAUCACAAUUGUCUACGCCCUCGCCGGUAUUCCUUUAAUGCUGGUCUAUUUGAGUACAGUGGGUGAUGUUCUGGCAAGAAGUUUUCGCCGACUUUAUGGCCGUUUAUGUCGUCGUCCACGAAAUUGUGCACGAAAACAACAGCAACAACAGCAGCAACAUCACCAUCAACAACAACAACAUCAACCACCACCUCCACCACCGCCAGUCUCGGGUGUCAUGGGUAAAGCAUCAUAUCGCUACGACAAUCAUAUUGAGACAAAGGGAACUGGAAACUUUUAUGCAGCAAGUAAAGAGAGUUCUUGUGACGAUCUUGGCACUCGCAGUACGGGAAGUGCGAUUUUACUCGAUUGUGGAAGCGAGGGUCUUCUUCAUCCAACGACAAGUUCCACCAUGGCCCUCCAGGAUGCCUUCAACAAUGGAAAGAGACACUAUUAUCCAUGUACACUGUCAUUAAAUUCAUCGUCAAUGUGCGGAAAUGAUCUCACUAAUCCAGUUAAAGUGCCAAUAACUCUUUGUCUAUUAAUAAUAAUAAUGUACAUAUGCGGAGGUGCAGUGAUGUUUAAUCGUCUCGAAGGUUGGACAUUACUGGAGGGUGGUUAUUUUUGUUUCACAAGUCUUGGUACAAUUGGUUUUGGCGACUUAUUGCCAGCUGGUAAAAAUGCCCAAAAUCCAACACUUGAGGAAUUAAGUCUUUGCGCCUGUUGCCUCUACAUUCUCGCUGGAAUGGGAUUAAUCGCCAUGUGCUUCAAUUUGGUACAAGAAGAGGUGGUACGCGCGGUCAGAGUCUUUGGUAAAUCUUGUGGAAUGUCGAGCGGAACGAUGGUCAGCGUCCAGAUAGGAGGUUCAGGCGGUGGAAACGGCAUCAAAUCCGAGCCAGAUGGUGGCCUUGGAGCAUCAACAGAUUCAAGAUUAUCGGAGCAGAAUGACGAGGCAAUCGCAAUGUCAGUGGUGUCAACAUCCUGACAACAGCCAACCAGGAGUUCAGCCGACUCGUCGAAACUCCUGGCGCAACAUCAAUUAAAUAAUACAUUAAAAACAUCAUCCCCAGGACAUCAUUCGUUACCGAGGAAAAAAUCCCCCGAUUUUCGUAGUAAUUCAACAAAAUCACAUUUUCAACGUAAUCAACCAUUGAGACGUAGUGCAAUGUCACCGAUACAGCAUCAACAACAGCAGCAACAACAACAACAAGAAGCCUCAUUGCUUUUUGAAUAUUUUGUGCCACGAAGUGUUAGUGAAUUUAAUCUCGCGGCGGCAAUUAGUGAAAUUGCCGUCCCCCCACCACCCCCUCCAUCGGUAUUAAGGCCCCAAAUGACAAUAGUGACCCCACCAAUAAAUUCAAAUUCCCUGACAACAAAUUCGACUGUUGGUAGUGCGGCGACCGUCACGAGAAAUCGGGAGAAAAUGGUGACAUUCGAGGAGGAUGUUAAUAAUUGUUCUUCAAUGACGAGAAAACAUUUAAGUGUUGCCAAUAAUGUCUUUAUGUGACGUUGCAGUGCGGGUUAAAAAUAGACUAUAUAUAUGUAUAGAAAUUUAGACGAUGAAAAAAAGAGUGAAAUGAAUUUUUGAGCAACUAAAGAAAAAAACAAGUUAACUGAAUUUUAAAGAACUAAAGAAAAACAAGAGUGAACUGAAUUUAAGGAACUAAAGAAAAAAAAGUGAAAUGAAUUUUAUGGAACUAAAAAAAUAGUGAAAUGAAUUUAAGGAACUAAAGAAUCAGAAAAAAAGAGAGUAAACUUAUUUAUGGUAGUAAAGAAUUAAAUUCAAAAAAAAGAAUAUAUAUAAAGUGACUGGAAAAGAUUAAUACAUAGAGGGACAAUAAAGAAGACAGAUGUUUAAAAGCAAAAAGGUAAAAAAGAAAUGAAAAAAAAGGAUAAAAAAGGAUCGAAGAAAAUAGUAAUUGGAAAGGAAGAAUAACAUCGAGAAGCACGAGUUGGAGGAAAAUAAAAAAGAAGUUGGUACAUCUCGUAUAGACUUUGAAGCGAGGAAAAGCAUCGAGAAAAGUGGAGAACUUGUAUUGAUUGCUGAGAAGCUAUACAAAAACAAGUGAUACAGGAUUGACGAAAAAAAAGAAAAGAGAAUACAACAAAGAGAAGGAGAAGAAAAUAGAAAAUCCGUGAAAAAAGAAAAUGGGAAAUAAAGACAACAAAAAAAGCAAAAAGAAAAGAAAAAUUGGAAAGAUCGCGAAUGAUACCGGAAGAGAAAACUUAUCUUGAAAAUUAAGAUACAGAAAGAAAAUUUUAGUAAAAAUCAGGGAAAGAAAUAAAAGAAACGAGAGUAAUUUUUUUCUCAAAAACAAGAAGAAAGAAAAGAAAGGAAAAGAAAAAUAGAAGAGAAAAA